GACUGGGGCCGGGGCCGGCCAUGGCGAGCUCGGAGCGGAGCGCGCUGCUCACGUACCGCCUGUGCGGCGGCUCGGGCGAGGAGGAGCGGGGCCGGGAGCGCGGCCGGGCCGCCGCCGCCGCCCCCCCCCGCAAGCUGCCCACCUUCCUGGGCGUCGUGGUGCCCACGCUCCUCUCCAUGUUUAGCGUCGUCCUCUUCCUGCGCCUCGGGUUCGUGGUGGGCCAUGCCGGGUUGUACCAAGCCCUGGCAAUGUUUGCAGUGGCAUACUUCAUCAUUGGCAUGACGGUGCUCUCUGUCUGUGCCAUUGCCACCAACGGGGCACUGGAUGCUGGAGGGGCCUACUAUAUGAUCAGCCGUGCCCUGGGCCCAGAGUUUGGAGGCAGCAUUGGGAUCAUGUUUUUCCUGGCCAAUGUGUGUGGCAGUGCCCUCUAUGUGCUGGGGCUGGUGGAGGCAGUGGUGGACAGCUUUGGGAUCCCACCUGGGCAAAAAGAGGGCACAGGUGUCCACGUCCUGCCCCAGAGCUACUGGUACGAGCUGCUCUACGGCACUGUGCUGCUGGCCCUCUGCCUCCUUGUGUGCCUCGUGGGUGCCUCCAUCUACGCCAAGGCCACAUUCCUCAUCUUCCUCAUUGUGGCAGGUGUCCUGGGCACCAUCCUUGUGAGCUUCUUUGCCACGCAGCCCUUUGGAGUGCCCAUCCACCUGCCUCACCUCAAUGGCUCCGAGACCAAGAAUGGCUCCUUCACUGGCUUCUCCCUCGCCACCCUGCGAGCCAACCUGGGGGGUGGGUAUGGGGUGGACUACACCACUGGGCAGAUUAUGAGCUUCAGCUCCGUCUUUGCAGUGAUGUUCAACGGCUGCACUGGCAUCAUGGCAGGCUCCAACAUGUCAGGGGACCUGAAGCGCCCGAGCUACUCCAUCCCGCGCGGCACCAUCUCCGCCGUGCUCUUCACCUACCUCGUCUACAACCUGCUGGCUUUCCUCAUGUGUGCCACCUGCAACAGGACCCUCCUGCAGAAAGACUACGGCUUCUUGCGUGACAUCAGUAUCUUCCCGCCCCUGGUCACUGUGGGCAUCUAUGCUGCCACCCUCUCUGCAGCCAUGAGCAACCUCAUCGGGGCAUCACGCAUCCUCUAUGCCCUGGCCCGGGAUGAUCUCUUUGGUCGGGCACUGGUGCUGGCCAAGAAGACAUCUGCCAACGGGAACCCAGUGAUGGCAGUGAUCCUCUCCUGGCUGGUGGUGCAGCUGGUACUCUUCUCUGGGAAGCUCAACACCAUUGCAGGAGUUGUGACCACCUUCUUCCUCCUGGUUUACGCCACUGUCAACCUGGCCUGCCUGGCUCUGGAGUGGGCAUCGGCCCCCAACUUCAGGCCCACCUUCCGGUACUUCACCUGGCACACGUGCCUGCUGGGCAUCGCGGGCUGCUGUGUCAUGAUGUUCCUCAUUAGCCCUGUGUCAGCCUCGGCGAGUCUGGGCUUCCUCCUCAUCCUCCUCCUCGCCCUCCACUACCUCUCGCCCAGCAGCACCUGGGGCUACAUCAGCCAGGCCCUCAUCUUCCACCAGGUGCGCAAGUACCUGCUGAUGCUGGACGUGCGCAAGGACCACGUCAAGUUCUGGCGCCCGCAGAUGCUGCUGAUGGUGCAGAACCCGCGGGGCAGCGCCCGCCUCAUCGACUUCGUCAAUGACCUCAAGAAGAGCGGCCUCUACGUCCUGGGCCACGUCGAGCUGCAGGACUUGGACACUCUGCCCUCCGACCCGCUGCAGCCCCAGCAGGACUCGUGGCUGAGUUUGGUGGACAAGCUGAACGUCAAGGCCUUUGUCAGCCUCACACUUGCACCCUCCGUGCGGCAUGGGGUCCGGCAGCUCCUCUUCACCUCUGGCCUUGGCGGGAUGCGCCCCAACACCCUGGUGCUGGGCUUCUACGACGACACAGCACCACAGGACGGCCUGUCCCGGCACCCAGCCUUCACCAGCGCCCGCGACCAGGUGCCCCUGGGCUUCCCCCCGCUGCGGGCGCCCGCCGCCCCCAAGCUGCUGUCGGCCCGGGAGUACGUGGGCAUCGUGGCUGAUGCCCUGAAGAUGCUUCGCAACGUGCUACUGGCCCGGCAGCUGGAGAGCCUGGACAAGGCCUGGGAGCUGCGGCGUGCCGCCAGCCCCCCGCCCGCCAUCCACGUCUGGCCCGUCAACCUGCUGCGGCCCGACAGCGCCCGCUACGCCGACACGUGCAGCCUGUUCCUGCUGCAGAUGGCCUGCGUGCUCAACAUGGCGCGGGCCUGGCGCCGCGCCCGCCUGCGCCUCUUCCUCUGCGUAGAGGCGGGCGCCAUGCCCCACGCCCAGGAGGAGAAGCUGCGCCAGCUCCUCAAGGACUUGCGCAUCCAGGCCCAGAUCCAGCUGGUGCCUUGGGACGCCGUCACCCGUCUGCACUGGCAAACCCGCCAGGGACCCCCGGGAGGGCCGGUAGAGGGGGAGGAAGAGGAAGAAGGGGCCGUGAACUUCCCGGCUAACACCACUCAAGUGUCGGAUGAGUACGUCUGUGCCGCCAACAAACUCGUCCUGGAGCAGAGCCCCGCGCCCGCCGUGCGCUUCCUGUACCUGCCGCGGCCGCCGGCCGACACCGGCCUCUACCCGCUGUACCUGCGCCAGCUGGAGCUGCUCACCCGCGGGCUGGGCCCCACCGUGCUGGUGCAUGGGGCCUUUAAUUUUUACAGCCGUGUUGGAGCAAUCCCCAGGGCUGUUAAUAACACCAGCCCUCCCCUCCCGUGUGCAUCCAUCACGCUCCCACCAAGGUGCCAAGUGGGUCCUGGGGACAGGACGGGACGGACCCCUCCUCGUGUGCCCGGCCACGGCGGGGGGUGCCGAGCCGCCGGGCUGCUCCUGGCACGGACCGCCGACCGUGUCCAGCCGUGCUCCCGCCCCACGUGCCGGGCUGCCGGGGGAUGGCAGCAGGGUCCUCGGACGGCGGAUGCCAAGCUGAGAGGCAUUGCUAGCCCUGUGCCAGCUCCCCGGGGCGCAGGGGCUCGAGGACCCCCCCUGCCCUGCCUCCCCCCCGGCGGGGAUGAGGUAAGGCUGGCGGGUGACACAGGGCUGUUCCAUUUGCAUAAUAAUCUCGUUAAUGGAGCCUGGCCUGCGGGAGAGCCGGGCUGGAGACACCACCCCCUCCCCGCCCCGCUGCCUCCCUCCGGCCCCGCCGCUCCGCCAGCCGCGGUGCGGGACGCGGAGCGGAGCGCGGGGCGCGCAGCCGGACGGACAGCGCGGGGCUGGCCCGCCAGCAGCCCCGGGAAGCCUCCUGACAUCCCCCGAGCGAACUGGAGCUUCCUGUCUCACCCCGCUACCCUCCACCAGCUCCCCACGACAGGCACGGCUCCAGCAUGAACUGUGCAGUGCCUGAGCCUGCCUCCCGCCUGCCUUGAGCCCCCCUUGCCCGCGCUGCCUGCGAGGACCCCUAUCCCCA